UUUAGCGCGAAACAAAAUUGAAAUAAAGUUUAGAAUGUUACAUUAGAGUUUACGUUUACUGCUAUUUAUUUAUUAUUUUUUUAAUAAUUUAAUAUAAUACCAAAUACUAAUUAAUUAUUUUUAUAAUUGUAAAAUUGUGUAAAUUUAUUUAAUUGAACGAGCGGCUUUCUGUGCUAUUUACAAACUUUCUAUAAGAAUGACAUGUUAUAAAAUUUAUAACUUGGUAAAUUUACUUUAACAACGUUCAAAAUGCUGGAAUGGGUUAAAAUAACUCUUAUACUUUGCGCUUUUGGGACAUUACGUGAGAUUAGGCCAUCUGAACCCUUCGUGACAGAAUUUUUAAGUGGCGAAUGGCGAAAUGUAACCUCCGAUCAGUUGUUUCGUGAUGUAUACCCAGUAGGAACUUAUUCAUAUAUGGCAGUUUUAAUAGUGAUAUUUUUAAUUACUGAUUUUCUGCGAUUCAAACCUGUAAUUAUUCUCUCAGGACUGUGCGGAAUAUCAAUCUAUGCUAUACUGCUAUGGACCACAAGUAUAGAAUGGCUGUAUGUCACCCAAGUCUUGUAUGGAUUGUAUAUGGCUACUGAAGUUGCAUAUUAUACAUAUAUGUAUGCAAAGGUGGAAGAGUCGAAGUACGGGCGCGUGACGUCACUGGCCCGCGUGGCGGCGCUCGCCGGGCGGUUCGUGUCGGGAGUCACCGCGCAGCUGCUCACGCACCUGCACCUCAUGGACUACCGAGACCUCAACUACAUCACCUUGUCUGCGCAGAUACUGGCAACGGCAUGGGCGUUUUGGCUACCGUCCGUGGACUUCGGGAUCUACUUCCACCGGCGCGCCUCUGUCAGGAGCGGCAUUCAAGAGAAUCUCCACCCGGCUAAGGAUCCGACGUUAUCGACUAUGACGUCACCGACCAAGAAGCAGUCGUUGGCGGCGAACGUGUCGACAGCGUCGCGGCUGCUGGCGCAGCACGCGCGCGCCUCGUACUCGCGGCCGCGCGUGCUCGCCUGGUCGGCGCUCUACGCCGUCGCGCUCGCGCUCUUCUCGCACGUGCAGAUCUACAUGCAGGUGCUGUGGCAGCACAUGCAGCGCGACGACGAACACAAGGUGGACUACAACGGGGCGGUGGAGGCGGCGACGACGCUGGCGGGCGCGGCGGGCGCGCUGGCGGCGGGCGGCGCGGAGCGGGCGGCGCUGCCGGCCGCCGCCGCCGCCGCGCAGGCCGCCGCCGCCUUCCUCACCGCGCUGCUGCCGCACAUCUACCUCUCCUACGCCUGCUAUAUACUGCUGGGGACUCUGUUCCACUUCACCGUCACCAUGGCCAGUGCUAAAAUAGCGAGCCAGCUGAGCGACGAGAGCUGCUUCGGUCUGGUAUUCGGCAUGAACAUGUUCUUGGGCGCCGUGCUGCAGUCGCUGCUCACGCUGGCGCUCAACCAGGCGCUGACGCCGCCCGUCAUGUACGCGGUGCUGGGCGCGCUGUACCUGCUGCUGGCGGCCGCCUGGCUGGCGGGCUGGGCUGCGCACGCCUGCCGGCAGACCAAGGCCGCUGCCGCUGCCGCUGCCGACCACUAGCGACAAGGCAACUAUUCUACUAAUAAACUCUGCCAAGCACUUUUCGUUACGCGAAACAACAGACAAAUUAAAGAACAUACCUAAUAUAUAGGUGCGAUUGUUUAUCGCGUCAUAAAAAGUUUUAAUUUAGCACCUUUUCUACUGACAAAUUGUGUUUGAAAGGCGCGUCUUCAUUCGCACUUAACAUCUGUAUGGUGUGUUCAUAGAUAAUCUGGAAUGGUCGUUACCGCUCGUGAUCAUAAGUCAGUGUAUGAGAUAUCGUCAUACUGUGUACUAUCUUAGUCACUAAUUGACUGAAAAACAUAUAACGUAUUCAUAUUUAUUUAUGACGUAUGCGUACUUCAGAAUUUUUGGAAGUGUCAUUGAACUAAACUAAGGUCAAAAAUAGUAUAAUUGAAGCAAAAACGAGCGAAGCGUCUCCUUUUCAACUUGGGUAAGGUCAGUGCGGGUAAGACCGGCAUACUUUAUUUGAAAUAAAGUUUGAGUGGAUAAAACUAGACUAUUAAAGUAGUCUGGAGUGAUCCGCAUGGUUCUAUAGGCUAGCAAAUUUUAUAUUCUACACAGCUUUUAUAAUACUUUGGUGAGUUAAAGUAAACUUAUGUGAUAAAAAUCACUUUUUUUAAGGCUUGGCGGGUUCACCAUCCCCACGCGCUGAGUAAGGCAAGGCUACUCGUUGUCGCGUAAUUUCAUAUCGAAAUAAGUAUCAAAAUCAUGUUCAUUGUUAUAUUCUGUUAUAAUAGGAAGUAAUGUGAUAGAUAUUAAAACAAAUAA